UUUGGAUGGGCCCCACACGGAGGUUGUGCUCACCAAAGGGAUUUUUUUGUUUGUGGUUGUAGAUAUUCCAUUUUACCAGCCAUCUUGUUGGAUGGUGUCUUACACCUUGAGGUUCUUGACCAUCCUUUUACAGGUGACGCCUUCUUGGAUUUUGUUGAGGGUACACUGGGCCAGAUGCAGCUUUGGCCAUUACCCAAUACAGUUUUGGUUGUCAAUAAUGCAAUAAUCCACAAAGUCCCCAGUAUCCGAGAGCUCGUUUGGUCAGCAGUCAAAGCAUGGUUGAGGAACAAUUGCGACUACAUACUCGGGGAGACUGAAGGCCCCAUGUGUGAUCCAUAUGCAUUGAUCUGGGAGGCGGUUCAUUCGACCAUCACGCCAGAGAAAGUCUACGGGUGGUUUAGGCAUAGCAAGUACAUUGCAUAA